AUGGGGGAACAGGGAGUACAGCAGAGGGCUGGGGACACACCCCUGCGGGGUGGGGGGGCUGUGUUCGGAGUCGGUGUGGAGGAGGUGCUGUUGCCAAUCCUCACAGCUUGUGGUCUGCCCAUCAGGGAGUCCAGGAUCCAGGACCCAGGUGUAGAGGGCAGUGUCCAGACCCAUUAUUCUGCCUUGGAGCGCAAAAGCACCUGGUCAUCUGGAGCAGCUAGAGCCUUCAACCAGCAGAACAUCUACAUCGGUGUCCCGGUGCCUCGUGGGUACAGACGGAAACGCCGGCGAAGACGUUCUGCGGGGGGCCGUGAGGCAGCAGACAAGGAGAGGGGGGACAGACACUACGACCACCAUAGACACCAUGACCAUGAUGACAGAGACAGAUACAGGGACCUAGAGGAGGGACUCAUGGACCCACAUGACCUCCAAGUUCCUCAAGACAUCAACCGCACAAUGUCCCCUGCAGCUGAGCGGCUGCGCUAUAUCCUGGGAGAGGAGGAUGACAUGCCCACCCCCACACUGUUCACUGAGAUGGACACGCUGCAGCAGGACGGGGAUGAGCUGGAGUGGAAAGAGUCUGCUAGGUGGGUGAAGUUUGAAGAGAAGGUGGAGGAGGGAGGAGAGAGGUGGAGCAAGCCCCAUGUGUCCACCCUGUCCCUGCACAGUCUGUUUGAGCUGAGGACCUGUAUACAGACCGGCACUGUGCUGCUUGAUCUGGAGGGAUACUCACUGCCACAGAUAGUUGAUGAAAUCAUUGAGCAGCAGGUAGACGAGGGCAUGCUAUCUCCUGACCUGAGAGAGAAGAUCAGCUUUGUCCUCCUGAGGAAGCACAGGCACCAGACCAAAAAGCCCAUCCACCGCUCUCUGGCUGACAUGGGCAAGGCCAGCGGUGGUGGUGCCCCCCGUAGUCCAGGUGCAGCAGCCGCAUUCAACCGCUCCACAGAAGACCUCCGCAUGAAAUCACAGCCAGGAGGCUAUGGUCGUCUGCUGUUCGUGUCACAGAGUUAUCUGGGGAGCAGGCGGGCAUACAACUCAGUGUUGUCUAAGGAUGAUUUAACAGUAGCAUUUAAACCCAGUGAGAAAUACAGCCCCUCCCUGAAUGAUAGAAUCGACAUCCACUUCAUGAAAAAGAUCCCUAGAGAUGCUGAGGCAUCUAAUGUUCUGGUGGGUGAGGUGGACUUCCUGGAUAAGCCCUUUGUAGCCUUUGUCCGCCUGGCCCAGGCCACCACUCUGGGAGGACUGACAGAGGUUCCUGUGCCCACCAGAUUCCUGUUUAUUCUGUUGGGGCCAACAGGAAAAGCCAAGUCCUAUAAUCAGAUCGGUCGAGCCAUAGCUACCCUAAUGGUGGAUGACCUGUUCAGUGAUGUGGCGUACAAGGCUAGAGAUCGAGAGGAUCUGAUUGCAGGUAUAGAUGAGUUCCUGGAUGAGGUGAUCGUGCUGCCACCCGGAGAGUGGGACCCCAAAAUACGUAUCGAGCCCCCUAAAAAAGUGACCUCUGCUGACAAGAGGAAGUCAGUGUUCUCUCUGAAUGAGCUGGGUCAGCCGAAUGGUGCGGCCGGAGGAGGUGGAGGCCUCGCUGAGGAUGAGGAGAUGCCAGUGGCUCACGAACUGGGAGAGGAGCUGGCACACACUGGGAGGUUCUGUGGAGGUCUGUUUCUUGACAUCAAGAGAAAAAUACCCUGGUUGCUUAGUGACUUCUAUGAAGGCUUUCACAUCCAGUCUAUCUCUGCUGUGCUGUUCAUCUACCUGGGCUGCAUCACCAACGCCAUCACCUUCGGAGGCCUGCUGGGAGACGCCACAGACAACUACCAGGGUGUGAUGGAGAGUUUCCUGGGCACAGCGUUGUCAGGAACAGUAUUCUGUCUGUUUAGUGGUCAGCCCCUCAUCAUCCUCAGCUCUACUGGACCUAUCCUCAUCUUUGAGAAACUGCUCUUCGAAUUCAGCAAGAACAAUGGUAUAGACUACAUGGAGCUGCGUCUGUGGAUCGGGAUCCACUCCUGUUUGCAGUGCUUCCUCCUGGUCGCCACGGACGCCAGCUACAUCAUCAAGUACAUGACCCGUUUCACAGAGGAGGGCUUCUCCAGCCUCAUCUCCUUCAUCUUCAUCUCUGACGCCAUCAAGAAGAUGAUGGGCUCCUUCAAAUACUACCCCAUCAACACCGACUUCAAGCCAGACUACGUCACCGCCUACAAGUGCGAGUGCCUGGCCCCAGACCCCAUGGCUUCAAUGAUCUUCAAUGGUUUAGUGCCAGUGCCAACUGAUAACACCUCUAGUCUCUUUGGAUUAAACAUCACAGGCCUGGACUGGAGCCAGCUCAGUAAGAAGGAGUGUGUGAAGUACGGAGGCUCUCUGGUGGGCAACACCUGUAAGUACGUCCCUGACCUGGCCCUCAUGUCCUUCAUCCUGUUCUUCGGGACCUACUCCAUGACCGUCUCCCUCAAGAAGUUCAAGUUCAGUCGCUACUUCCCCACCAAGCUGCGGAAGCUCAUCAGUGACUUCUCCAUCUUCAUGGCCAUUAUGACCUUUGUCGGUCUGGACAGGUUAAUUGGGCUCAAAACCCCCAAGCUCAUCGUUCCCACAGAAUUUAAGCCCACACGUCCCGACCGGGGUUGGAUUGUGCUGCCGUUUGGGAAGAACCCAUGGUGGGUGUAUUUGGCCAGCUUUGUCCCUGCUCUCCUGGUCACCAUCCUCAUCUUCAUGGACCAGCAGAUCAGUGCUGUCAUUGUCAACCGGAAGGAGAACAAACUGAGGAAAGGGUGUGGCUACCACCUGGACCUGUUCUGGGUGGGGGUGUUGAUGGCUGCCUGCUCCUUCUUGGGCCUUCCCUGGUACGUGGCCGCCACUGUCAUCUCCAUCGCCCACAUUGAUUCACUGAAGAUGGAGAGUGAGUCCAGCGCCCCUGGGGAGCAGCCUCAGUUCCUGGGUGUCAGGGAGCAGAGACUGACAGGGAUUCUGGUGUUUGUUCUCACUGGAGUCUCCAUCUUCUUGGCUCCCAUUCUACAGUUCAUACCCAUGCCAGUGCUCUAUGGUGUGUUUCUCUACAUGGGCGUGGCAUCUCUCAGUGGCAUUCAGUUCUGGGAGAGGAUCAAGUUGUACAUGAUGCCAUCCAAGUACCAGCCAGACUUCCCUUUCCUGCGUCACGUGCCUCUGAGGAGGGUCCACCUCUUCACCCUGGUCCAGAUCAUCUGUCUGGCUGUCCUUUGGGUGCUCAAGUCCACCGUCCUGGCCAUCCUCUUCCCUGUCAUGAUCCUGGGGUUGCUGGUGGUGCGUAAGAUGCUGGACAUGGUGUUCUCUCAACACGACCUCGCCUGGAUAGAUGAUAUCCUGCCAGGGAAAGACAAGAAAAAGGAGAAGAAGAAGAAGGGUGAUAAAGAUGACACAAAGAAGAAAGACAAGAAGAAAGGGAGAUCAGACGACAGCGAAGACGAGGACAAGUACCACGCGUACUCCAACUGCUCGCCCAGCUCUGAGUCUGACGUGGACCGCAGCAUCACCCUGCAUCUGAAGAUAUCCUGCCCAUCGUCUCCUGCGGUGCCUAUGGCCCACGGUCGUGGCAUGGCCUUCCCCGUGCCCCAGGUGAAGAUCGAGAUGGAGUCGGACUACGACACAGACACUGACCACCCCCGCCACAGGGACAUGAGCAGCGAAACAACGCUGUAGGCACUGACUACAGUGUGACAGAGCAGUGGCAUAUGUGGGUCGAACGCGGACGCUCUACAGUACAUAGCUUUAGAGCGCUGACCCACUCACACACUAAGACUCUUCUAGAAUGCCUGCAGAGGACAGUGCAAGGUGUCAUGGACUAACAGCUGACAGCAUAUGACACCUAAUGUAAAGAAAUUAGAUGCUGGGAAUACAUGUACAUGGAAUAACUUAGCUUGAAUGUACAGUACAUUUAUACUUGAUCUGAUUCCUCAUAUAGCUGUCCAUUUUGAUGUGUCCAAAGUCCAAGCAACAGCUUCUGCUUUUAACCUAGGAGGCUCUUUGCUGUCGUAAAUUGUCAUGGAUAUCUCUGUUGAGAACAUGUUGAUUGUAUAAUCUUCAGGACACGCGUAGCUUUAGAAACAACGUAGAGGGAUAUAGGAGAAAGGUGGAGUGAAGGAUCUCCUCUGUAUGUGCUGUAUAUAAGAAUAUAUUUUAUGUCAAGAUAUUUAUAUUUCUAUAAAUAUAUAGAGUACCAGUCAAAAGUUUGGACACACCUACUCAUUCAAGGGUUUUUC